UUCACGAACCUCGAAACUUCGCGCAGUAUUCUUCCUUCUUCCCGCCAAUACAGAACCAGUGCGAUUCCAUUUCUCUCUCGGACUCGAUCAUCGGAAGCCGAUAAAGUGAGAUCAAUGGAGUUUAGUCUGAGCGGAAAUGCUCUCAAGACCUUCGCUCGUUCAGUCACAUGCCUUGCUCGCAUCGGAAACGAGCUCGUCAUCCAAGCUUCUCCAUCGCAGUUGGCUUUUUACACCCUCAAUGCAUCACGGUCUGCCUAUCAAGCUAUAACAUUUGAGCCCGGGUUCUUUGAUACUUAUGCCAUUUCUGGUAAUCAAGUGCAAUGCAGUGUUCUUUUGAAGGCUGUCUGCUCUGUUCUUAGAACAUCCAUUGCUAGCGUAGACCAUCUGAGAGUGCGGUUACCAGAUACUUAUGCAUUGAAAAUACAAUGGAGUUUGGAAUGCUUCAAUGGAAUAAAGAAAACAUACUGCAUUUCUUGCAACGUUGAGCCAGACAUACAGCACCUGUCUCUUGACAGGAGACAGUUCCCAAGUGACUUAGUUGUGAGACCUCGAGAUCUGAAUCGAUUACUCUCUAAUUUUCAGUCAUCCUUGCAGGAGAUCACUGUUAUUGCAACAGAACCAACUUCCUUACCUUCUGAAGCUGCAAUUGAGAUUGAAGGAAAGGCUGUUGAGCUUCGAAGUUAUAUAGACCCAACCAAAGACAAUGACGCGCUGCUUCAUACUCAACUCUGGAUAGAUCCUAUGGAAGAGUUUGUCCAUUAUUCUCACAGUGGAGAUCCGGUAGACAUAACAUUUGGAGUAAAAGAAUUGAAGGCAUUUCUUUCUUUCUGCGAGGGCUGUGAAGUUGACAUCCAUCUGUUUUUUGAGAAAGCUGGGGAGCCAAUUCUAUUGGCGCCAAAAUUUGGUCUAGAUGAUGGGUCUGGUACAAACUUUGAUGCUACACUUGUUCUUGCGACCAUGUUAGUAUCACAGCUCCAUGCAGGAAGCCGAUCACAGCCACCACAAGAGGCUACUACUGGACAGGGUGAAUCUGAUCACAGGGCUGGGUCCCAACCACAGCAGGAUGGGCCCGGAGCUAAUGUUUCUGGCCAUCCAUCUGAUCAUACCAGAAUAUGGUCUGAACUCUCAGGAAGUGCACCAAGAAGUGGGAAUGGUGCUGAAGGGCAGGUACAAGGCCAGAGCAAUUUGAGUUCUUCUGAACAGAUGGAAAUUCAAAGGAUUAGUAAUGUACAGAUUUCAAAAGCUGGGUGCGCUCAGGGAUAUAACCUUGUCGAUCGUGCUAGAGACCAUUCUGUGGGAAGGGAUCUAGGAAGAGAACAUCAAGAGAGGUCUGAUAUUAACGGUCCUGCCGUUUCUCAACAUCAUCCCAGUAACUGGGUAGAUGAAGAAGAUGAGGAUGAUGACAACGAUGAUGGGGAUGAUAACGAGUUGUGUGUUCAGUCAACUCCACCAUACUAUGAAGAACACUAGAAAGGAUGAAAGCAUGUAAAAGGGGUUUGAAAUGGGCAUGCAACCAUGGACAACACGUCUUGGACAAGCAAGACCGGAAUAUCUAUCAUGUGGCCAUUGACAACAUGCCUUGGACAUGCAUGACCGUGACAUCCUCCCCCACUCAAUUGGUUGACGUCCUUGUCAACCGACCCGAUCAAGCAAGACUAGGACAUCUAUCAUGCAGCCAUAAGCAACAUGCUUUGGACAAGCGUGAUCGUGGUACCAGUUAAACAGGAGGUUAAAUCAAAUGUAUUUUUUAAAAAUAUUUUAUUAUUUUAUAUAUGUGAAUGUCUGUAUCAGUUUGUGCAGAGUUUAACUCUCCGACAAGAAGAAAAAAGCAAGCUAAUUUAGACCUUGCUACAUUUGGUUGUCAAAGUUGGAUAUUAAAUUCUAAGUAGGUGGCUACUAUGAGUUUUUGUUUGUUCCAAAACUUUUAUUAUUUACAUAACCCUUAUUGACCACUAUAUAGGUGGUUAAACAAAUUCUUUUGUAGUUGGCCAUUUUCCAUUUCUCCAGCAUUAUUGAAUCACAUUUUGUACUGUUUGACCAAUAUCACACAUAACCAGUUGUCUGAUUUCUACACUCUACUCAUGCAUGCAUGCCUGCCUGCCUGCCUGCAUAU